AUGUUCUCUCCACCCGCUACUCGACUACUUUCCCGCAGUGGAGCUGCGAGAUGCUUCACUGGACGAGGUUUCGUUCAAUUCAAUUUACAACGAUUCAAAUCAACUUCAGCGCGAUCAGAUGACUUCGAUGAUGAUUUCGAUGAUGAGGUAUUCAACGACAGGAAGGGAGGUACUACAGAAAUGGUGUCCUUCCCUUCACAAACAGAUGGAGACUCUGCAACUGCUUCCCAGCCAGUCCUCCUAAAUUCCAAGGCGCACGCAGUUGGGUAUCUUGGCCGAAUAUUGAACGCAAGAGUGUACGAAGCAGCAAUUGAGACAGAGUUACAAGAGGCGAAGAACCUCAGUUCGCACUUGCAAAAUAACGUUCUCCUGAAACGAGAAGAUACACAACCUGUUUUCUCCUUCAAGAUCAGAGGAGCUUACAAUAAAAUGGCGCAUCUUUCAAGUGAGGAGCUAGAUAAGGGGGUGGUUGCAUGUUCGGCUGGUAAUCACGCCCAAGGAGUUGCCAUGUCGGCAAAAAUGCUGGGCUGCAAUGCCGUAAUUGUCAUGCCUUUGGCUACUCCUUCGAUCAAAGUCAACGCGGUUCGAACUCAUGGGGGUCCAACCGUCGAAGUCCGAUUAUUUGGUAACAACUAUGAUGAAGCAGCUGGAGAAGCAAAGCGUUUACAGAACGACGAGGGGAUGACUAUGAUUCAUCCUUUCGAUGAUCCUUAUGUAAUUGCGGGCCAGGGAACCAUUGGGAUGGAAAUCUUGAAGUCUUGCGUCAGUCGCCCAUUAGACGCUAUCUUUGUCUGCUGUGGUGGUGGUGGAAUGCUUGCUGGGAUUGCUGCAUACGUCAAGAGGGUUCGACCAUCUGUCAAGGUCAUUGGAGUUGAGGCUGAAGAUGCCGCGGGCAUGACAUCCUCGCUGCGUGAGGGUAAAGUAGUGACACUUGAUAGUGUUGGUUUGUUCGCGGAUGGGGCCGCAGUGAAGACAAUUGGAACUGAAACAUUUCGAGUGUGCAACAAAUUGGUUGAUGACAUGAUCACGGUCAAUACUGAUCAGAUUUGCAAUGCAAUCAAACUAAGCUACAACGAUGCCCGCGUUGUCCUGGAACCAGCAGGAGCAUUGGCAGUCGCCGGGAUGAAGAAAUAUGUGGAAGAGAAUGAAAUCACUGGCCAAACUCUUGUCGGUAUCACAUCGGGUGCAAAUAUGGACUUUGAUCGUCUGAGAUUCGUUUCCGAGCGUGCUGAUGGCUCCGAAAGAACAGUUGCUGUCACAAUCCCUGAAACUCCUGGAUCCUUCCGUGCCUUGUAUUCACUCAUUUGGCCAAGAAACGUCACUGAAUUUUCGUAUCGAUAUGCAAGCGAAGGUGAUGCACAUGUCUUGAUUUCCUUCCAACCAGUCACAACUAUUGAGAACGAUUUUGAUGGUGUAAUGAGCAGCCUCCAAGAGGAUGGCUUUUCGUGCUUGGAUGUCAGUCAAAAUGAGUUGGCAAAAGGCCACGUUCGUCACCUUGCUGGUGGACGAUCAAGUGUUCCACAUGAACGCCUCUUCCGGUUCGAUUUCCCAGAAUCUCCAGGUGCAUUGCAACGGUUCCUUUUGAGCCUUGAUAUUGACUUGAAUGUCUCCUUGUUUCACUAUAGAAAUCACGGGGACGACUUUGGACGAGUGCUUGUAGGAAUCCAAGCUCCAGAAAGCGGUGAACACGAGCACGACCUCGCACGAUUCCUGGAUACAUUGGGCUACAGGUAUACGGAAGAGACUGAUAACCCAGUCUAUCAUUUGUUCCUACGAGCCGAUGGGUCAACGAAAGAAAUAUAA